GAUUUCCUCUGACUAAAAAUACUGAAAAAGUAUAUGUCAGAAUCAAGAGUCCCAAAUCACAGCUGCAUCACAGGUCUGGAAUAUUGUUGAGUAUCUGCAGCUUUCUAAUUACAGACUCUGAACCUAGUAAAUAGGGAUUAAAAAAAAAAAGUUGAACCUGAUGUAUGAUCUUGCAUAUGAAAUGUGUGGAGUUUAAUCUCUGGAUGAUGAAAGGUUAGGUUGUCUGUUCAGAAGUGAUACGGGGCUAAACAUGGGUGACACAACUGAAAAGGCAUUUUAAAUUGCUUUUCUGUUUCUUUUGAUUCUUCUGACACUUUAGUGCCAGGUCUUCAGUUGUUUAUAUUGAAGUUCCUCAGUUUUGUUAGCACUUAUUUUGUCUUAUUUUAGCUCUAUAUUUGAAGUCUAUAUUCAGUGUCAGAAGCACAAUUACUUUGUAGCUUAAUGGCUUAAAACGUGUUUUAUAAUCACAGCAUCAGCAUCUUGAGUCAGUGUUCCCAGCAAAAUGCUCUCCUAGGAGCUAGUUGAUAUUUUUUAAUUGAGACAAAUAUCGUAUGUUUGCCUGUUAUAAAAGGAUAGACUUACAGUACAAGAAUCGGGUGAUUGAAAAUAUGCUGUUCUUAAUCCAAAAUUGGUUGUACUCAAUAUUGAGAAAGCUGCUACUAGGAAAGUAGAAGAUAACUUGCCUCUGUGAUGGAAUGCCUCUUCUGGCAGGAGAAGCCUUCUGGGAAUAUAUUGGUCUUGAGGACUCACUGCAGCCUUUGUGUUGCUGAAUGGUUGUCAGUGGUUUGUGACAACCUGCAAAGGCUAGGGGCUGCGGACUUGAGUAAACCAAUAGACAAAAGGAUAUACAAAGGAACACAACCUACAUGCCAUGACUUCAAUCACUUAACAGCCACAGCAGAAAGUGUGUCUCUUCUAGUGGGCUUCUCUGCAGGCCAGGUCCAACUUAUAGACCCUAUUAAAAAAGAAACUAGCAAAUUAUUUAAUGAGGAAAGACUAAUAGACAAGUCCAGAGUAACCUGUGUAAAAUGGGUACCAGGUUCGGAAAGCCUUUUCCUAGUAGCUCAUUCCAGUGGCAAUAUGUACUUGUAUAACGUGGAGCACACUUGUGGUACCACAGUCCCGCACUACCAGCUACUUAAACAAGGAGAAAGCUUUGCAGUUCACACUUGCAAGAGUAAAUCCACAAGAAACCCUCUGCUUAAAUGGACAGUAGGUGAGGGUGCCCUCAAUGAAUUUGCCUUUUCCCCAGAUGGGAAGUUCUUGGCGUGUGUGAGCCAGGAUGGUUUUCUUCGUGUGUUUAACUUUGAUUCAGUGGAAUUGCAUGGUACAAUGAAAAGCUACUUUGGAGGACUGCUGUGCGUGUGUUGGAGUCCCGAUGGGAAAUACAUAGUGACAGGUGGAGAGGAUGACUUGGUAACAGUUUGGUCUUUCGUGGACUGUCGAGUAAUAGCGAGAGGCCACGGACAUAAGUCAUGGGUCAGUGUUGUUGCGUUUGAUCCAUAUACCACUAGUGUAGAAGAGAGUGACCCGAUGGAAUUUAGUGGAAGUGAUGAGGAUUUCCAAGACCUUCAUUUUGGCAGAGAUCGAGCAAAUAGUACUCAAUCUAGGCUAUCCAAAAGGAACUCUACAGACAGUCGUCCAGUAAGCGUUACGUAUAGAUUUGGUUCAGUAGGCCAGGACACACAGCUCUGUUUGUGGGAUCUUACAGAAGAUAUCCUCUUCCCCCACCAACCUCUCUCAAGAGCAAGGACACAUACAAAUGUCAUGAAUGCCACAAGUCCACCUGCUGGAAGUGGUGGAACUAACCCAGGAAGUAAUGGAAACAGUAUCACAACACCUGGAAACUCUGUACCCCCUCCUCUUCCACGGUCAAACAGCCUUCCACACUCUGCAGUCUCAAAUGCUGGCAGUAAAAGCAGUGUCAUGGAUGGUGCCAUUGCUUCUGGCGUUAGUAAAUUUGCAACCUUAUCACUACACGAUCGGAAGGAAAGACACCAUGAAAAAGAUCACAAGAGAAAUCAUAGCAUGGGACAUAUAUCUAGCAAGAGCAGUGACAAACUGAACCUAGUUACUAAAACCAAAACGGACCCAGCUAAAACUUUGGGAACACCUCUCUGUCCCCGAAUGGAAGAUGUUCCCUUGUUAGAGCCUCUUAUCUGUAAAAAGAUAGCACAUGAAAGACUGACUGUGUUAAUUUUUCUUGAAGACUGUAUAGUCACUGCUUGUCAGGAGGGAUUUAUUUGCACAUGGGCAAGGCCUGGUAAAGUGGGUUUAUUGUCAUCCCAAAACCAGGCCAAUUCUCCAAGUGGAACUGUAGUAUAGCCAUCACACUACUGCUAGCAAACCUCUGAACGCAGGACAAGAAGUAAUGACAGUGGAACCAGGAGCUGUUCUUCAGGCAAAGAGCAUCACAAAUUGUAAUGUGGCAGAGUGUAAACAUGGAAUUAUGUGAAUCACAUAGUAAUUUGCAAAGGAAUAAUGUAAUGAGUUCUUAUUACAGCUAAUACUGCUAAUCUGCGCACCCAAGGAAGAGUUUUCGUGGCAGGGGGAAAGCUUCCUUUGGUGCUGCAGGAGAUAAUAGUAACAUUUUUGGUUUUCUUUAUACUUUUCAAGUCCAGUGUAAUUUAAUCUCUCUAUAAAUAUAUAAAUAAAAGAUAUAUAUAUAUAGUGUAAAAUAAAGUAUGUUUCUUAAAUUCAAGUAAGUUCAAUGGUUAAACUAGUACUUCACCAUUGUUUAUUUUGCACUGAUUUUUUUUAACCAGAGAUGGCUAGAAGACAGCCUGGAAUGCACUCAUGGAAAAUGAAAGUCAUUACUUUCUGGCUUCAAAAUGUUAUUCAGGAAGAUGGAUGCUGCAAUCAUAGAUUUUUAAAACAAAAUUGUUUUGCACUUAAAUAGUUUAAUGCUAAUAGAGAAUUACUUUAAAAAUGGUGCCCAGACACCGGAAAAACUAUGUUGUGGAGAAAAGAUCCUUUGUAUCUAUUAAACAUUUAUUUUAAUAUUGUUGUUUCCAACUGCCAUUGGCUCUGUAUUAUAUGUAUAAAUAAUGUAAUGGAGUGAUGGGGGAGGGGAGUAACGGAUCAUUACACUAGAACUUCUCAUUCAUUUAAGAAAGUGGUAUUUCUAAUUCAGAAAAUACAUAUUAAACUAUCUUGAAUAUGCAUUUUUGUUUACUUUUUGUUCAAAUUCGAUCACUUUUGAUGUAAUCAAUCCUUUGUUGAAUUAAAUGUUUGGUACAGAAAUAACAUCUAAACUUUGUACAACAAAUUCCUUUCAAAAUUAGCUCAUCUAGAACAUGGCUUCGUAUUUAAUAUAGUUGAAUUUCGAUUAGGAAGGUGAAAUAACAUUGUUUCGCUCUUGCUCAUAAUGGUUUAUCUCUGAAUAUAUCAUACAGCGGAAAUUGUGCAGACAGACAACUGUGCAGGGUAAAGAUUUUGUAAGCACACGGUCCCAGGAGUUGUGAAGUGGAAGAUCCAGCAGCAGGAGAUGUACACGCUUUCUGACUCGGCAGUCUAAAAUUAGGUCAACAUACUGGAGUUGAUGCGUUUCUGAGACAACUUGUUUGUCUUACAUCAGACAUCUCAUUUAUAAUUCAACACUCGUAAGCUGCUAAGUGUUAUGGAGAUAGACGUAGCCGUGUAUUUGUACAGUUCAGUGCCGCUUGUCUGAACACGUGUUAUUUUUAAUCAGUCGGCAACAGAACACUUGAAUUGUUUUCAAUAGUUCUUGCAAAGAUUAACCCCCCCAGGAGAUACUGCUCUGUGUCAAGCCCCAGAACGACAGAGAACAGAAGUACCUGCUGUAUCUUUUCCUCUAUUCCCUAUAUGGCAGUGUUCUCAAUUAGGCUUUUGCUGAAUCCUGCAGCAGGCCACUAGCCUGGGAACGUGGAACUUGCCCGAGUAUGCACAUGCUGUAUUUGAGGGCACAUGUUAAUGCCUUUCCUGCUCUAGCAGCAGUAAAGUGGGGUAGAAUUUUUUAAAUUGCAAGUAAAGUUUAGAUAUUUUCUGGCAUAAGAAUAUAUAUAUUUUUUUUUUCAGGAUAUGAAUGAAAAUUUGGGGAGAAACAACUGCAGUGGCUACUUGUAACUAAGUCUAAUUCUUGUAAUUCAGCUACUGUGCAGAAAACCGCCAGAUACAUUUAUAAGCUGACCAUUAGAUUGUCCACGUUAUUAAAGAUGGAGCUGUACUUCACAAUUCUGUCUUAUGUUCUUCUAAAGUAUGAGGAAUGGGGAAAACACUGAAACUGAGCAGGAUUAUCAUUCAGAAGUUUUAUUAACAUAGUGGGUUUAACUGUUAAAAUACAGAUAAACCUCAGAACUAAAAACUAGUGUCGUUAUCUCCCUGGUGUAGAUGCUUCAUAUGGUCUGAGUCAAAAUGAAACGCUUGAGAAAAUGUGUAAUGACUUUAAAAGACUUUUCCUUCAGCUGGAAAAAUACAAAACCCCUAGGGAAAGGACCAGAGUAUCCAACAUUAGGGUAAUAAGAGCAGCUACUUGCAUAUGUGAUUGCAGUGUAUGUCCCUGCUACAAAUCGUAGUUCAACUGCAUACAAGGUACAUCUGUGGUGGUUCUUUUUUCAGCCUCCCUUUUACUAUUGGGAUGUCCUCUAGACGCUUGAACUGCCCAUCCCACCCUUUAUUCCAUAUAGAAAAAAAUUUUAGGAAGAAAAGGGAUACUUACAACUUACCUGAACAGAACUCAGAGUUCUACUAUAGAUACAGCUCUUAAUAACAUUUUCCUACUAUGUUAAAAAAAAUAAAUAAAAGCGAGUGGAACAUGGAUCAGUUCACUAUGGAAUUUUAGCUGGAAGAAUGAGGCUAGAAAGAAGGCUUUCCAGUUUGUAGCUUAAAGUUGAGUGUAUUUUAACUAUAAAGCAGGUGGGAAAAUUCAAGUUUGCCAACUAAGCCAACAGCCAGAGAAGCGUAAUUUGUCUCCAGAAAUAUAACAGCAAAGAACUUGGUAUUAAAUAAAUACCUGUGAAGCAUCCUAUGUGCCAAACUGUGUAAAAUGCGCCUGAAAGUGUAAAAUAAAUGAAGAAAAAUUCCAAUGUGGCCCUUCCCUUCAAACUUCCAAUUUUCCUAUCAAAAAUCCUGCUGAAUGUGAAAUUGCCUUUUUCAUUAGAACAGCCUGACAGCCCCAGAUACAGACUGUGUAAGAGAGAACUGAAAUAUACAAGACAGUACCCUGAUCGCUGCUUCUCUCCAAGUUUAAACUUAGCAAAAAUUCUGACUUUUGUCAAAAAACAACCACUUUUCUGGUGUAUGAAUAAUUACCUACCUGAUACAUCAAUAAUAGAAGCAAACAGUUGCAGUAACACUUUUCAGAUCAGGAAAGACCUUGUGCAGACACAAUCUGAGGGAAUUUUUUUUUCUUUUUAGUUGAAAUGUUGAAAUAUUUAAACUUCAGCAUCUGUGGUUUGAGGUUUCCAGAAGAUUAUGGGAAGCUACCAAUACAAUUAACGUAUCUCCAUCAAGAACAUAUCCUUGAUAAUGUAAGCCUCGGCCUUCUGUGUAAUGCUAGGGAGAGAGCUCUGAGGCUGAAUGAUCAGUCAGAUGUCAGUAGGAGGAUUUGUAUUUUUUGGUUUUUUAAUCUUGAAAGAAAUCAGUAAUUGCAGAGAGCAAGAAGAUCCCAUAGAUACAGUAAGUUACCUAUUUUUAGACCAUUUUUACUGCUGCACACCAUGCUUAACUCCAAAUAUACUGGCACCAAGCAACUCACCAUCUUCCCCUCUGGGAAAAAACACUGGGUAAGCUUAUGGUGCUUUUGCUUAAGGUAUACGGUCAGAGGUUACGCUUAUACUUUGUUGCCUGUAGACCUACAGUCCUUAAUUCUAUUUCCUAAGCUUAGCAUCACACCUUUAUUUUAUACAUACAUACAUACGUGUGUGUAUAUAUAUAUAUAUAUAACAACCUGUACUAAAUUUAUAUAUACAACAUGGCCCUCGCCUGCCUUCUCUUUGAUUUUGUUUCACUGUUCGUUACACAGAAAAUGUUGAGCAGCAGCAGCAGUCCCAGAGGUGGUUCAUUACUGGGAAAAAAAAGCUGCUCACUUCCCAAUUAUGAGCAGAGUAGCUUUUAGAACUAAUAAAAAAACCCCAAAAAAGGUUAUUGGCAAAACCUGUCUUGCAUGAAUACGUGGUAGGCAGAAGAUUUUUAAACCCCCAGCUAAGUAUGACUUGUACAAACUCAUUUGCUUCUUAAGCAGCAAACCUGUUUUGUAACACAUCACCAAAUUUAAGUAUUGCAAAUGAAUUAUUGCAGAUUUUUAGGAGAUCAGGAGUUUUAAAAUCAAUAGUAUCAAACUGCAAUAAUGGCUCUUUCCAAGUGAGUUAAAAACUCUGCCUUUUAACAACUCUUACUAGGAAACAGUGCAAAAUUUCUAAAACAUAAGGUAUAAGCCCAUACUGCUCUUUUAAGCAACCAGCUGCAGUAUCAGUCUCUGUUAAACCUUUUGAUUGAGAUCAACAGCUGGAAGAAAACUACAACCACAUUUUAUUUGCUUUGAAUCAGAUAAAAAGUUGCUUUAGUUUUUAGCUAUAGUUCUAUAGAAAUAUUCAGCAAUUACAGAAACUAUCAAAAUCAAGUACCUCAUAU